AUGGCAGGUUCAAGAAAGAACAAAAUCAAGAAGUUUGUCUCUUCAUCACGUAACAGCACACCAGAUCAGGCCCAAACCGAGGACAACGAUCAACUCGUAGAUGACCUGCUUGCGGAACUCGACUCCCGGAACCAGACUGUACAGCAAGAAUCAGCUACCGUGUUAUUGGAGAUUCAAGAACAUAAAGAGAAUACAGUUCAAGACAAUGCUCGAUCGUCCAAGAAAAAGCAGGAUAGUAAGAGCCGACAUGAAGCACGACAGCAGGCGAGAAAGGUAGCAGCCUUAGCUCAGAAUCACGCACCAAUUGAUCCGGUGGCAGGCGCAAGACUAGAGAGAGAGGCAAAGGAAGAAGAGGUAUCAAUAAAGGAGACAUGCGACAAGCUUGGGGUACAGACACACGAGAUACCACCAGAUGGUCAUUGUCUUUUCUCUGCCGUAGCGGACCAGCUAGCCCUCCUUAAUAUACUUCCUCCCAAUCAAGCCAACUACGUCACCGUCCGCGCUGCUGCAUCGAACUUUAUCUACACUCACCCAGAUGACUUCCUACCUUUCCUGCCAUCCGCAUUUGGCGAAGAUGGUGUUGGAGCAACAAGUGCAGGCUUCAUGACUCCACAGCAAUUUGAGCAGUACUGCAUGUCGAUCAAAGAUACCGGGACUUGGGGUGGAGAACCAGAGAUCCUGGCACUCAGUCGAGUAUAUAAUGUUCCCAUACACGUCGUGCAGGGUGGUGUCCCCCGGAUCGUCGAACACAACCCGGGUCCGUCACCUCGGUCGUUUUCUAAGGUAGUUCGUAUCAGCUUCCAUAGAAGAAUGUAUGGGCUAGGGGAGCACUAUAACUCUUUACGGCCCAAGACUACCAUUUCACAAGUGGCUGGCAGGAUUCAGUCCGCGUUCUCUUGAUUCACAUACGCGAUACUCCAUUCAUGUUUCGAAGGGGUACGGAGUACUCGAUCGAUCCUUAUCCAUGUGUCAAUACAGAUUUAUAAACGAUUAAACAAAAUGCAAAGCUGUUAGAGUAGUAAGUCGUCCAGAUCACCACCACGACUCCCGCCUGUCACAGGUUGUGGCACAUCCGUCACGUAACCACCAAAUGCACCACCCAAAGAAGCAUAUGGAUCUGCGGCUUUGGUGACUGGGCCAUCAUCAUCACCUUCUGG